CCAAGUGGGGUGCUGCUGCUGAUGCUCAUAUUACAUUUUUGGCUGGCACCCAUGUGAAGCAAUCGUAAUACUAUAUUGCAGCCUUUUUUUCAUCCACAAGAACCAUCCCCACCAACGCACACACAAAUAUAUAUAUAUAUAUAUACUAUAUGAAUGGAUAUAUAGAUGAACGCAUAUGUGUGUAUGUGUGUGUGUGUGUGAUGUAUCAAUCAAUCCGUUAUCAAGCUCAGAGACAGCUUAUGUAUAGUCUGUAUAUAAAAAUAAUUCUGAGGUAGAGAAUAUUUGAAUUGUAUGUUUGGCAACGCGCAGCUGUGUGGGUGGGCUUGAUUCGAUCGGAGAUGAAUGAUACAGUGAUUGAUACAUAUAUGGUGUGUACGUGCAUUUAUUUCGCGCAGAUCAAGCAAGUUUUGCCGAGAAUUUAUUGCAGUGGUGGCCGAACAACUACUGUUGUGCAUAUUCACAUCGGAGCUAAUUCCAUACGUCUGUCUGGGGUAGGCGCUAAUUGAAUGAGUUCCUUAUCCAUAACUACGCCAGUGGCUGCAGGGAUCAUUGAUUGUUUUGUUGAAGUAAAAUGAGCAGCAAACGCAGGGGGAAUGCGCAGUCGUCGAUCAAGCCAGAAAAAGAGAAAGCCGAAAUGCAGAGGAGAAGGGCAGUGAAAGCUGAGAAAGCAACGAAAAUCCGCAACACGUCGAGUAGGGAAAGAAAGAUUGCAUUACAACAAGAUAUUGAUAAGCUAAAGAAGAAGCUCAGACACGAGGAAAACAUUCGACGAGCGCUGGAGAGGGCCUUCACCAGACCACUGGGAGCUCUGCCCCGCCUCCCAUCUUACCUCCCACCCAAUACACUUGAGCUUCUUGCUGAAGUAGCUGUUUUGGAGGAAGAAGUUGUUUGUCUUGAAGAGAAAGUCGUGCAUUUCAGACAAGGACUAUAUCAAGAAGCUGUCUACAUUUCAUCGUCAAAGAAGAACAGGGAUGACAAUGCUGCUGAUGAUGAUGAUUUAUGUGUACCUUGUCAGAUUAAUGAUGAUCCAAAACCAAACCAGUCCAAAUCAUUACUUCAAGCUGAGCCAAAUUCUUCGGCAUCUAUUGAGGGGAAUCAGCCUUCUCUUUCAGAUCAACGGAGGGGAAAGGAGAAUCAAACAAGCACCAAUCCUACAAAGAACAAGCAGCAAUCACCAAAUUUGAAGGCUGCACAGACAAUCAGACAUCCAGCUAAAAGACCUCCCAUCGAAAGCAGAUCAUCUGACAGGCGUUUAGAACCUCAAAGACCGCAGAGGGAAACUUGCGUGAAGCCAAGCCACCAGAGUUCUGAGGAUAUUUUUCCAGUGGAUGACAAUCCAAACAAAAUUUCUGAGACCCUUAUAAAAUGCUUGAUGAAUAUUUACUUGAGAAUGGGCUCGAAUAAGAACAGGAGUAGUACAAGAACUUUACCUACACCAGAUAUGUUGAAGGAUCCUUACAGAAUAUGUUCAAAGUUUGGGAAGAGAGAUAUUGGCCCAUAUAAGCAUUUAUCUUCCAUUGAAACCCUCUGUACGAAUCCUAACCAAAUGAUGGUUUCUGCACUCCCAUUUCAGAGAUUAAAGCUUCUAUUGGGAGAGCUGGAAUCCGUCGACCUCAAGGGCCUCAAUCAUCAAGAAAAGCUUGCUUUCUGGAUCAAUGUCUACAAUGCUUGCAUGAUGAAUGCAUUCAUCGAGUACGGCAUCCCUGAAAGCCCUGAAAUGACUGUUGCACUAAUGCAAAAGGCAACAUUGAAUGUUGGCGGACAACUUCUAAAUGCAGUAACUAUUGAGCAUUUCAUAUUGAGAUUGCCUUAUCACUCGAAACAUACAUUGUUAAAGGGUCUGAAACACGAUGAAGCGACAAAAUGCAACUCAUUCGGCUUGGAAUUAUCCGAACCAUUGGUAACAUUCGGACUAUCCUGCGGCAGCUGGUCUUCCCCUGCGGUGCGAGUGUACACUUCAUCACAAGUUGAAAACGAGCUGGAAUCUGCGAAGAGAGAAUACUUACAAGCAGCAAUAGGCAUUUCAACGAGUAGAAAAGUUGUAGCGAUACCAAAGCUCCUCGAUUGGUACCUUCUGGACUUUGCAAAGGACAUGGAGUCGUUUCUCGAUUGGAUAUGCCUUCAGCUGCCAUGCGAGUUGGGAAAAGAAGCAAUCAAGUGCCUCGAGAGGAGGCACGGCGAGCCUCUGCUGCAGCUGCAUCGGAUAAUGCCGUAUGACUUCAGCUUCAGGUACCUCUUGCACACAUCUUGACCAUCAACUAUAUACUUCUUUUAAGUCCCUUUCAAACUAUAGCAGUUUUGGAGUUAAAACUUUUCGUGCGCAUUGAAAUAAAUACUGUAGAAAAUUUGAGUAAACCCUCCUCCUCCUUUCCUGAAAUGUUAAAAUCAAUUUAUGUAAGAACUUCAUUUAAUCUGAGAAGAUGAUAAUCUCAUAUGUCUGAAUACACAUCAUGUAAUGUGACAGCCCAUGUUUUGUAA